AGAAGCACAGAGGGUAAUAUAUACAUUGAACAUUGCACUGGUUUAUAAAUCGUUAUUCAUACUUUUAAUUGGUUUAGCAACUUCUGUGGGGAGAAGACACGAGACAAGAAAGUUGAACUCUCCCAGCACCUGUGUUAAUGGAUUUUCAAUCAAUGUGGACCCCACCUCUUCCUGCACGCCACCCCAUUUUCUGCAUACAUUCCUUGGUUUGUAAAUUCCUAGUGCUUUAUACCCAAAGUGGAAGAAUAUCAGAUUUGGCCAAGAAAACAAAGCAUUUCUUAAGUAAACAGUAAGGAGCUCUGAAGAGCAGGACCUGCAGGUCUCAAAGGCCUUGGUCCCUGAUGGUCCAUAUUUUGAUUUAUGUCCGCCUGUAAUUGCCCCUGUUUUGACCCAAGAGAGGAUUGUGUGGGAAGUUUGUCUGUGAGAUAGAGCUGUGGAGUUGCUCUGCAGAGUGUCUGGAGCCUAAGUGGAUGCAGUGUCCCCGUCCAGCCUCUGAUAAUAGGGAAAGUGCUCGCUCUGCUCAGCUGGGAGGUCAGCGCAGUUGCUAAACCUACGUACACGUUCUGUGAGGAAGAGGCCAGCCUGUAGUAACAUCAUCGAAUUGUUUUAUUCUGAAAGUGUCUAACGUUGCUGAAGUCAACAAAGCAGUAGAAACUGGAUCAGAGAAUGGCAAAUACCUAUGUCACUGCGUCUGAUGGGUACUGUCUUGCUGAACCCGCACAGCAUUUCGAUAUUUUGCCAGAACAAAUCCAUUACCAGCUGUGUGACACCGAUUUCCAAGACCCACCCUAUUGUCCGUAUUCUACUGCUCAGUUCCCUCCAGCUCUACAGUCCCCAUCUUUACAAAGCCAUUUCAACACAUAUGGCUUGGAUCCACACUUCGGUGGUGGCGGCUGGAGUGGACUUGAUGCUCACGAAUUGAGUCAGUCCACGUAUAUGGUUGUUCACAAUGAGGAGGAUGGAUUCCCUGGCAUACAAAGGUCCAGACCAACUUGCUCUUUCCCCUGGAAGGGGCAAGAUGAGCUCUGCGUGGUCUGCGGUGACAAGGCCUCUGGAUAUCACUACAACGCACUUACUUGUGAAGGCUGCAAAGGUUUUUUCCGCCGUAGCAUCACCAAAAAUGCAGUCUACAGUUGCAAGAAUGGCGGCCACUGUGAAAUGGAUAUGUACAUGCGUAGAAAAUGCCAAGAGUGCAGACUGAAGAAGUGCAAGGCAGUGGGGAUGUUGGCAGAAUGUUUGCUCACAGAGAUCCAGUGUAAGUCAAAGAGACUACGCAAGAACUUCAAGCAGCAGAGUGCCCUUUACUCGGAUGUCCAAGGGGAAGACGACGGAGCAGACAGCAAGCUUGUAUCAUCCACCACCAGAUCUGGAAAAGGGGCAAGAUUUUGCUUCCAUACCAUCUGCUGUUUCUUGAUUGACAAUGGGUGUGCUAGGCACACCUUACAGGUGCCCUCUGUUUCCUUACAGGUUCAGGAAAGCAUGACACUAACUCAAGAUGAACAUCAUCUUAUGAAUACCAUAGUGACUGCUCACCAACAAUUCACGGUCCCUCUAGGGGAAACAAGUAUGCUUCUGCAGGAGUAUUCCAACCCUGAACUAAGUUUUCUGCGACUCUCCGAGGCAGCAGUCCUACACAUACAUAUGCUGGUGAAUUUUACCAAGGGACUCCCAGGAUUUGAAAAUUUAACCAGUGAGGAUCAGAGCGCAUUACAGAAGGAAUCAAAGACUGAAGUGAUGUUCCUUCACGCAGCCCAGCUUUACAGUGGGAAAGAAUCAACCUCUGAAAGUACUAUGAGACCAUCAAAGCCCUCAGCUCGUACACGGAAAGCACAUAAUCAGGGCAGUGAUGAAAAUGUUUAUUCUUUGGAAAACCUUUUCAAGGAAGGCCGUCCUUCUGCUACCCUAACUGGUAUUACUAAAGAAUUCAUUGCCUCACUGUCCUACUUCUACAGAAGAAUGAGAGAACUUAAUGUAACAGAUACUGAAUAUGCUCUGCUUACAGCAACAACAGUGCUCUUCUCAGAUCGUCCAUGUCUUAAAAAUAAGCAGCACGUAGAAAAUUUACAAGAACCGGUCCUCCAGCUUUUGUUUAAAUAUUCAAAACUGUACCAUCGGGAAGAGCCCCAGCAUUUUGCCCGCCUCAUAGGGCGGCUUACUGAACUGAGAACUCUGAGUCACAGGCACUCAGAAGUCCUCAGUGCCUGGGAAGCAAAGGACCCCAGACUGCUUGUGUUACUCUCUGAGAAAUGGAAUUUGCAUUCAAUUUACUGAAAUGGAGAACCUUGAGGUUUGUCUUAAAAUUUCAAAAUCAAAAGUAGAUGACUGACUGGAAAACCGUAAGCCACUGUGCUACCAUCCUUCACUAUAAAAUGGAGGUCCUACGGGCUCAUCAGGUUUUGUGGAAUUUCGGACUCUCAGUAAAGGAACACUCUAGAUUCUUCUCGAUGGAGCCAUGUGAUGGCACAUUCCCUGUACUUGGGAGAUGGAGGCAAGAUCCUGAGUUUAAGGCCAUCCUGGGUUGGAUAGUAAGACCUCAUCUCAGAAGAAGAAAGAGAAGAACUGAUGGCCAUUAUUUCUUCAUGAGUCCUUUACCUAAAGAAACUAGUUGUUUUCAUCUAGCUGAAAAUAUCCAAUGUAUACAUGUGAACAGAGGUUAGUUGUAUAGUUGUAUAAGGCAGUGUGUCUGCCUCACUGAUUAAGGACACGCUGAUAGAAUAAGAAGCUGAUGCUUAAACCUCUUCUUGUGAUGGCAUUUCAUGGAUGAUUAAAGAGGAAAAGAUCUUU